AUGCCUUCCACCACCCAGAUGCUCUCCGCCCUGGCCGUCACGGCCGUCGCCGGCGUCCAGGCCGCCAUGGGCCCGGCCUUCAGCACCGGUCCCGUCGCCUCCGACUCCUUCAUCCGCGAAGCCACCUCCACGCUCGUCCUCCCCGCCGCUCCCUCCAACAACAAGGGCAGCGCCUCCCUCUGGGUCGGCAUGGGCACCUCCAACGGCGACCUGAUCCAGUCCAUCGCCGACAACUCCAACUACGACAACACCGGCACCGACAAGUGGUCCAUCUUCGCCUACACCCUUCUCAGCACCGGUGCCAACUCCCAGAUGCCUGUCCAGACUGAGGGCACUGACGCCUCUGAGGGUGACAAGAUCACCAUGCACUACAAGUUCGAUGAUGCUUCCCAGAACUACACCCAGACCGUCUCCAUCAACGACAAGGUCGUCGCCACUCUGUCCACCAAGGAUGGUGAGGCCCAGGGCUGGGGCAGCGCCGUUGAGUGCGCCGCUGAGGACUGCGGCACCGUUGGUGCUCACUCCUGGAUCAACACCAAGAUCAUCCUCGACAAGGCCGACGCCAACUACAUCAACACCAUGGGCAAGGGCAACGGCGUCACCGGCGACAUGUCCACCAGCGACGGCGGCAAGACCUGGACCGUCACCACCAUUGAUAUCCCCGAGUUCACCUUUGGACAGUAA